AUGCAUAAACUCGCUUGGCUUGCUUUUGGCGAAUCACCUAUUCCUACCUAUAAAACCAAAAGUCAUAGUUCUGAAGAUCUGAAGUAUUUUCCGGAACUAGAAAUCUUUAUAAGUUUUACGUAUAGGGGAUUCAAGGACACUUGUAAGGCGGAAAAUCAACAUAUGGACUCAGGAGUCGGUUGUGUUACGUCUACGUACACAUCUACUAACCCAGAGUUGUAUUUCCGGGAUGGUAAACGCAGAACUGAUUAUGUGCUUGCUUAUCGGUUUUCUACGUCGAAAUAUAAUGAUCAAAACCGACGCCUCCUGUUUCUCAAUGAGCUAGCAAAACAGAAAAUAGAAAUAGAAGUUGAAGAUUCUAAUGGUAAUCUACUUGGUGCUACGGUAGCAUCAAAUGAAGAUGAAUUUUCAUCAUUAACUCUUAAACCAUCAUUUAUGCAUUUACAGGCCAAUGCACCUCUUCACCCAGGAGAAUAUUCUGAAUCUCUUAUGCCUACUUCAUCUAUUGAUUAUGCAGAACCAGAUAAACCAACAGAUACAAGUCCACCAUCGUGCAUGGAUCGUUAUCGUCACCAAGCUUUGGAUGACAAAACAAUUUUGAUGACUCCAGAUAAUUUAGUCUUUGUUAAAUUACAUGCUUCAUGGGAAGCAAUGACAUAUUAUGCAGAGUAUUUAAAAAUGCGUAAACCACUUCGUCAACUGGAGAACCGACCACCUAAACCUUCCGUUUUAAAAGAUUAUUUUAAAUGUUUACAGUCGGACAAAAAUAUUAUCAAACCAAUCGAUUCAUGUUGUUCUUGGCCAUUUUCACUGAAUAGGCAAUACUUGUUUGAUAUACCAGAAAAUAAAGAUGAAUUUUUCACUGCAGUUGAACGAGCUCUUGUCUUAGAUCAUAUUCUACGGCGUACCGGUUAUAAAUCAGAGGAUUUAGUGAAUACUGAAGAUCUAUACGAACCUAGCAUUAGUGAUAUUGUAACAAGUCAUGACCUUGCAGAUGAAACUCGGGAUCAUCGAAUCAAGCUAACUCAUUCUGCUUAUCCAUUACAUGAGCCUGCUGGUAAGACUCUGGCGCCGACCGAAUUCAAUAAUCGAAUCUUACUUCAACGUUAUUGGGCUUCAUAUAAAAUGUUAUUUAAAUGCCAACCUAUCAGUUAUAUUCGAUAUUAUUUCGGUGAAGCUGUGGCUUUUUAUUUUGCUUGGCUUGGUUUCUACACAGCUUGGCUUUUACCAAUUGCAAUAUUUGGAAUUGUUGUUUUUCUUUUCGGUUUAUUGGAUUUAAAAUCCGACUCGAUUAUCCAUGAAGUAUGUGAUCUCGGUCACAACAUAUAUAUGUGUCCAUUAUGUAAAUCAUCUAAAUGCAAAUUUUGGACUCUGGACAGAUCUUGUUUACGUACUAAGUUAAUGAGAUUAGUGGAUCAUGAAGGGACUGUUUUAUUUGCUGUGGUUAUGUCUUUGUGGGCUGUAAUAUUUUUCGAAAUGUGGAAACGUAGGCAAGUCUCAUUGGCUUAUCGUUGGAAUGUAUACUCACUGGAACCAAUGGAUCAACCGCCGAGACCAGAAUUUAUGGCAUUACUUAGUAAAAUGUGUCCUCGUAAAAUGAAUCCUUUAAGUGGAUAUGUAGAACCAUUUAUUCCAUUUUGGCGACGUAAAGUACCAAUUAUCUUUCUCAGUUUCUCUACUGUUCUGUUAACUGUUAUCCUCACAUUAGCUUUCUUGUCGGUGUGGUUUUGUACAAAUUAG